AGGGACUCUUGAAUAGUCAGCGUUUGUGUUCGCCUUGUUUUCAAACGACCAAAGGUUAUUUCUACAGCACAUUUAAAAAACGACAAGUUGACCAACAGUUGGUGCAAAGUGACUGACAGUUUUUCUAGUCAGAGACAGUUGCGAUGGAGGACGAGGAGUGUUGGCUGCAGUUGGAGGACUACAGACUGCUGCUGCUCAAGACCAUCGAGCCGUCUCGCAUCACGCCUUACCUGCGCCAGUGCAAGGUGCUGAGCGGUGAGGACGAGGAGCAGAUCUUCAACGACCCCAGCCUUGUGCUCCGAAGGCGCAGAGUGGGUGUCCUGCUGGACAUUCUGCAAAGGACAGGGGUCAAGGGUCAUGUGGCUUUCCUGGAGAGUUUGGAGCUGGACUAUCCUCAACUGUACCGCAAGAUCACAGGCAAGGAGCCAGCCCGAGCCUUCUCCAUGCUAGUCGACACAGUGGGGGAGUCAGGGCUGACCCAGUUCCUGAUGUCGGAGGUGACCCGGCUGCAGAAGGGUCUGGCAGAGGAGCGCAGACGCAGGCAGGAGGCAUCUGCAGCCGCGGUGGGUCUGCAGGACGCAGACAGGCAGCAGCAGCUCAAGGAGAGAGAACUACAGACCCAGCAGGAGAGGCUGCAGCGCCUCAGGGCAGAACGGGGUCGAUAUCUGGAGGAGCUCCGUCUACUGAAGGACGACAACUAUGGGCUGAUGCUCCAGGUCACCAAGCUGAGCGAGGAGAAGAACUGUGCUCUCAUGGCCAGCCGAGACCUGCAGCUGGAGAUUGAGAAGCUGAAACACAACCUGAUGAAGGCAGAAAGCGAUUUCCAGAUCCAGCACCGGCGAUCCAAGUCCCUGAAGAACAUUGUGGAGAGAUGGCCCGGCCAGGACACCAUGACACAGCUUCAGAACCAGAACCAUCUUCUCUUAGCUCGGCUGCAGGAGAUAGAGACCAAGGGGAACGCGUCAGGCGGGUCUUCACAACCCCCAGACAAACAGGGGAGAGACGCUGUUGUUGACGACCAGAAAGCCGGGGACCAGGAGCAGAGGCCUGUGGAGGUCCAGAGUUGGUCCUGGGAGCCCCAGGUAAGGAAAUGGAGUUUGGUAGACCAGGAGAGAGCAGAGGGUGCGGACGACCAGAACCCUGGGGUUGUUCGAGCUGGAGUUCUGGGGGAGCAGAGCCACAUGUCUGGGGGUCUGGAGGAUAAUGAGCCACGGGUGAACGGGGAGCAGAUAAGCAGCAUCUACAGCCUGAAGAGGGAGUUGCACAUCUCUCAGGAACAGAGGGACAGGUACUGGGAGGAGAAGGAGGUGUUGGAGCUGAAAUGUACAACGUUAAAGAAAGACACCAAGAUGUACCGCCAGAGGAUGGAGGACAUCCUGAAACAGCUGGAGGAAGUGAUGAAGGAGCGAAACAAGGCCCUGGCUUCCAGAGAGGAGAGUCACCAGGAGAACUGUCGGAGUCUUCUGGAAAAGGACCAGUACCGAAGGCAGAUCCGUGAGCUGGGGGAACGCUGCGAUGACCUGCAGGCCAAACUGUUCCGCAAGGAGGGGGAGGUCCUAGCCCUCAAGACACGCCUCCGCAGGCACUGCACCAAUCACGACGGAAGCCAGACCACCAGUGAAGAGGACUGCAAGCAGAAGUUAAUAAAAGAAAGAAAAGCCAGCAGCGAAGACAUGUCUAGUGGAACCUUGGGAGAGAACCUUGAGAACAUGACCCUGUGGGACCAGCAGAGGCCUGCACAUGGAGACAGGGAGCAAAACCACUCUGCAGAACGUCCUCCCUAUACAGUGGUCACCCUACCACGAAUGAGGUGUAACUUUGACCAUAGGAGGAAACUUGCCCUAAGGUCAAAGGUCCACAGCCGAGUGCUUCCACCCCAUGACGACAGCAGUGGAAGUGACAACACGGACUCAGACGGUAUCUGAUGGCGUCGUGGCUUGGACUCGACGCAUCUCUUUGGCUUUGUUGUGAAGUGGACCCUCUGCCACAAUCGACUCUUAUGUGCUGUAUCUUUCUAUGACCCUGUAUGUUAAUAAAUAAACACAUUUUAAAAAU